UCUACUGCCGCUCAUGCUCUGCUACGCAUGCGCGCUGGUUGUAGUGUCAUCAUCAUCACCAUCCCAGAAGUUGCACAGUCUGUGGUACCCCGAGCUGCUGCGGCUGUAUCAACGUGUGGCCAUUGUCAAGAGCAAGGACACCCCGGUAGACUCCGACUCUCACAGCCGAACCGAGCCUCCACCGGACUCAGCCGAACCCCCGAACACGACCCCGGUGCAGAGUCCUGAUCCCAGUGCACUUGUUGCAGCCUUGUCGUCUCCUCUGAACCCAGCUGUUCUCCACUCUUGUUCUUCCUCUUGAGCAAACAUGCCUCCAGCAACAGGUGGGCCUGUGGGGUACACCCCUCCUGAAGGUGGCUGGGGCUGGGCGGUGGUGGUGGGGGCCUUCAUCUCCAUCGGCUUCUCCUACGCCUUCCCCAAGUCCAUCACUGUGUUCUUCAAAGAGAUAGAGUCCAUCUUCGAGGCCACACCCAGUCAGGUGUCCUGGAUUUCAUCCAUCAUGCUGGCGGUCAUGUACGCUGGAGGUCCAAUCAGCAGUAUCCUUGUGAACAAAUUUGGCAGUCGACCAAUCAUCUUAGUUGGUGGCUGUCUGGCAGGGUCGGGACUCGUCGCGGCCUCCUUCUGCAACACUGUGGAGCAGCUGUACUUCUUCAUAGGAGUUGUUGGAGGUUUGGGACUGGCUUUCAACUUGAAUCCAGCCCUCACUAUGAUCGGUAAAUACUUCUACAAGCGCCGCCCCAUCGCCAACGGCAUAGCGAUGGCAGGAAGCCCUGUGUUUCUGUCCACCCUGGCUCCUCUCAACUCCUGGCUGUACGAUCAGUUUGGGUGGAGAGGCAGCUUCCUCAUCCUGGGAGGACUUCUGCUCAACUGCUGCGUGGCCGGCUCCCUCAUGCGCCCCAUCGGACCCAAACCCCAGCCGCCCAAAGCCGACGCUGAGGCUGGCGACAGCAAAGCAGUGGAUUCAGUACAGCAACAGCCUAAGAAGACGGUCCUGCAGACCAUCAACUCUUUCAUCGACCUGACGCUGUUCAAACACCGCGGUUUCCUGCUCUACUUGAUGGGCAACGUCAUCAUGUUUUUUGGCCUCUUUGCUCCACUCGUCUUCCUCUCUAAUUAUGCCAAGAGUAAGGACAUCAGCAAAGAAAAGGCGGCUUUCCUGCUGUCCGUGCUGGCGUUCGUGGAUAUGUUUGCCCGGCCCUCCAUGGGCAUGCUGGCCAACACUAAGUGGGUCCGGCCCAGGGUGCAGUACUUCUUCGCCGCUGCAGUCCUCUACAACGGAGUGUGUCAUGUGCUAGCGCCACUGUCGGUCAACUACACUGGAUUUGUGGUGUAUGCCAUCUUCUUUGGUUUCGCUUUUGGCUGGCUGAGUUCAGUGCUGUUUGAAACACUGAUGGACCUGGUAGGAGCUCAGAGGUUCUCCUCAGCCGUGGGUCUGGUCACUAUAGUGGAGUGUGGGCCGGUGCUGCUGGGCCCGCCGCUUACAGGUAGUUUCUAUAACGUAUACCACCACUACGACUACACCUACAUCUCCUCUGGCAUCAUCCUCAUAGUUUCAAGUUUGAUCCUCUUCAUCGGAAUGAGCAUCAACUACCGCCUGUUGGCGCGAGAAAAGAAAGAGGCGGAGAGAAAAGAGAAGGAGGAGCCCAAGGAGGAGCGCACCGCCAUGUUGGCACCUCCAUCUCCGUCCAAAUCAGAAGGCGAGGUGGAGGAGAACAACGUACCGGCUGCUGUCACGCUGGAUGAAGUCGCCAAGAUGGACGAGGACACAGUGUAGAAAAUGUUAAAAAAAAAAAAAAAAAAAAAAAGGACUCGAGAGGGACGCACACAUUUCACAGAAACACACACAAGAGUUGCAGCAGCCACACGCCGUCUUUAGAUAAAACCCUUGUACACAACUACCCUGAAGCCAUAGCAACUAAAUUAUCAUGAAAACUGAAACGUGCUGCUGUGACGUGAAGCUUGGGCGCCCGCGAAGCCCGUCAAGCAGCUUUUCACCGAGUUGAGACCUCUGAUUUUUGGUAUUUGACGUGCCUUUGAUGAAUUCAAGUCCUCCAGGAGCGCACAAACAUCACCUAUAUAUUGUAUAAACACCAGGUAGACGCACAACAGACAGAAUGACUGUACGACAAGAAUCCAGUAGCUAAUGAGGACUUUACUCUCAGGGUCUUGAGCUGCCGUAAAGUUUCAGAACCUCAGACACACAAACACAUUCACACUUGACUCUGCUUUGGUCAAACUGAGGCUCAGAGUACAUACAGUGUAUUUUUUGUUACAGUAAUCAUAAAAGUACUGUACAUUUUCCUUCACAUCAUGCAUACCUGCACUUAGAGCUCUGAUUCUCCGCCUGAGCCCGUUUGGGCCCGACCCCACACGCCAGUUUCGAGCCGGGCUGGGCUGAUGCGGUUCAGGUUGUCGACAUUUUUUUUUUUUUUUUUUUUUUUUUUAAAUGAAACUGGCAGUUCUUGUGUGUAAGCAGGGGUUUUAUUCACUGAACCAGAGAGAAAGGGGGGGAACUGCGACUGAGAAAGGGACAGAUCAUUAAAUUAUGAAAGAGAAGAAGAAGUGGUUAGGGGAAACACGUCAGCCCUCAGCUUGUAAUACAAGUUUUAAUACUAAAAAAAUGUAUUAUAUCAAAUAUAUUUUUUUACAGUAAAAAUUCUGGUUUUGUAAUCAGGCUCAGGCCUAAACUGUUGCGAUGGGUCAGGCUCAGGUCGCGCUAGAAGAGCAGCCGCGGGUUCAUGUCGGGUUGGACCUGGUGUUUUUUGGGGUCCGAUCAGAGCUCUACUUGCAUCACUUCACUCCUCAAGGGCUGGACAUGAAGUAAAAGGACACAUUCAUAUUACUGUAGAUACAGUAAAUCUAUUUGUUCAGGUUGUGACAUUUCCAGGUUUUAUGUAGAUAUAUGCACAAAAAAAAUUGAGAACAAUUUGGGAAAAAGAAAUCUGGAAGUUUCACCACCACAGGGAGAAGUGUGUAUGUCGGCAGUAGAACAUUUUAGUCCUUAGUCGAGGACAUGAGGCACAAUAAUCAGUUAAAUACAAAGAUAUAGGAAAGAAAGGAAAACUAAUGUAGGAAUCUUUUCAGAGGUCUAGAGGGUCACAAUGCUCUUGCAGUGUAGGAGGCACUGUUAACCAUGUGCUUGUACAUAAAUAUGUGUGUACUUUGUGUGUGUAAUUUUGUGUCAUACACCCUCCAACCAGUGCAGCUCAUUAUGCAUCGUUGUAUUGAUAAAGACACAUUUGAACAAAACGGCUCACACAAUUACGCCCCACAGAUUUAACAUGCUGUGUGAUCAGCACUCAAAGUAUUAAAUGACACCACAUGCUGUUUUUUUAAAGGAAGGGGGGCGGGGGGAUAAGAGGCUGUGAUUGGACCAGAUUGAUGGGUUCACUGGGCGCGUAUGUGGAGGUUUGACCUGCCCGGCUGUGGUGCCAGAAUACGAGAAGAAAUUCACUCUGGAAUCUCACACAGUCCUGAUUUUUCAUCAUCGUAGAUUAUAGUUAUAUUUAGUACCCGAUAGUGUUGUUUUUUAAAUUGUGAAUAACAGAUUGUAGUUUACUGUUGUAUCAACAAGCCUUUGUGAUUUUAAAAAAAGGAUCUAUUUUAGCUCACUGUUGAAAGACAAUCUGACAGCAAGUACUCUUUUUAAUGGAUUUUCAUGAAUUUGGAUGAGAGGGAAAGUUUGUGUGAGAGAGAAAUGUGUGUUUGUCCGCAGUAAGUGUAGACAGGUUUCAUCAUUUAAGUUGUUUUGAGAUUCAGCUGCUGCAGUUUCAAACACGUCUCACAGUUUGUCGCUGAGCUGUACAGAAUGUGUCAUAUCAGAUUCACAACGUUUGAUUUAUUUUUUAAAUCGAUCACAGAUACUCAGUGAUUAAUUAUGUGUUGACUGUUGACUGAGUUUACUGCCAACAUUUGUCAGAGAAGUUUUUGUGUCCAGAUCAAAGGGAACAGAAGACAGCCUGAAUAAGCUUUCCUUAUUUUCUCUUCUGGGAAAAUAAAUGGAGGUUUUAAACGAUGCGCUAUCUGGUUUAAAUGUUUAACUUUGUUUUAUUAUAAGUAUUGUGUAGUGGAAAAUGUUUGAGGCAUGUUUUUGCAACAAGGAAAUUCAGUAAUGGUUUUUAAGGAAGGUUCACAAUGUAACCCUUUUUUUUUUUUAUUUUUUACUGCAAACCUUUUCAUUUAAAUAUUUAGACUGUAACAAGAUCUCAAAGUGGUAAUAAUGUCUCGCCAUAGUUUUCUUUUAUUUUUUAACUACAGUGGAAACAGCUUAUAGUAAUCAAUAAUCUUGGGACGGAAUCAUUCCUAUAGUAAUCACUAAGAACGCUGACAGUGUUUUUGCCGUCUUGACAAUUUUUGUCGUCUUUUCUUACAUGACCACAUUUGGGGAAAAAAUGUAAAACCUUUUUUUUUACUUACCUCCUGUGACAUUUAGCCCUGCUGUAACCUUUGGCCGUACAAAAUAAUAGACAUAGUCACUGUGACAUCACCCACUGGUUUGUGGACUCCGUUUUGAAGCCUCGAGUUUUAUUUUGGCCGUCGCCAUCUUGGUUUUUUGAAGCCAGAAGUGACCAUAUUUGGACAAGAGGCUUUAUCUGACUCAUAGAUUGUGGCCACGCCUUGCAGACAGCCUGUCACUCAGGCAGCCCCGCCCUUACAUAUGCAUAAAUUUAAACCUUAAUGAAAUGUAAGUGGGUGAGUUAUUAAAAAAUUCACCCCCCUUACAGUUGUCAUUAACGAGGAAAUUACUUAUGGAUUAUGUACCAGGCUGUUUGUUUCUGUAAUAAAGUUGGGCAUUUUAACACAGGAGUCUGUGGGGACUGACUCUGUUUUGGUAGUCUUGCCACCAGACAAUCAGAGUAUGAAGGACUUACAGCAACUUUGUUUAAAACUUUUAACGCAGUCGGACUAUGUUUAUGAGCACAAGAGUUCAGCGAGCCACUGAAGGACCGCCCUGCGGAUUUACUAUUGGUUCUGCAACGUAGGGAGUUUUUUUUAAACUCUGAAAUUCGCCCAUCUAAACACAAAAUCAGGAAGAAAGACAUCAGUCUUUAGUUAAGCAAAGCGUCUAAAGACUGACUUGUGAAUCUACUGUUUUGGAGCCAGCCUCAAGUGGUCAUUCAGUAAACUGCACUUUUUGGCACUUCUGCAUUGGCUUCACUUUGCAGCCCUGGAGGUCGCCACUUGGCGAUAAACCCAUCUGCUUCCAGCUCGCUACCUGAGCUGGUGCUGCACGCACAUUGAAAUCAUGACAGGAAAAAUAAAUUAUCUCUCAAUGAAAAACAAAGUGUCCUCAAAGCUCGUGACAAACUGCCAAAAUAGAGCAAAUGAGAUGCACAAGUGAAUCGAAGUGUUCCUCUACCUUGUGUAGUCGAAUGCACACAGGGACAGCACCCCUGGUAAAGGCCGCCCUUGUCAAGUGGAGCAAUAGUGCUCAGUCACAAAAUGAAUCCGCAGCACUGUACAGUCCCUCCAGGAUCUCGCGGCAAAAAAAACUUGAAUUUGCAGCCAAUUUUGUCAAAAAUUGCGAUUAAAAAUUGCGGCAAAUUACAAAAAUUGCAGCUAAUGACAAAAUGAGAAAAGAGUUGCAAAAAAUCCUGAGUGAAUAUUGUAGCUCUCAAACCAGACAAUGUGACUAUAAAACAACAUGUAAGCUACAUCUUCUGUUAACAUAACAUUUUAAUAAAUUCAGCACAUAUUGUCUGCGUUUACACAGUGCAAAUUCUUAUGUCAAUACAGAGUGUUUCUCCAUACUACAAUGCCAUUAGCGCAUUUGAUGACGCGUCUGAUGACGUUUCAAAUUACGUUGCUUGCGUGUCGACUUCCGGUCAGCUGGAAAAACGCGGAAUAAUCGUGGGACUUUUGAAAAAUUGCAAGCCCCCACAAAUAUUGCAGACAGACGUUGAAUUUGCAUUAAUUAUUGCGAUCGCGAUGUUUUGGAGGGACUGACUGUAUUUCUAAAACACUUGAAAAUUGUAGGAAAUAGCGAAGCUGUCUGUUUCAUUAUUUUACACAUGUAAUAAAUAUACAAAUAUCAAUUAGAUGUAAAUGUGCGUGAGAAAUAAAAAGAGAAAGGAAAGAAAUCAGUAAUAUUAAUCUGCUUGUAGUUAUAUAUGUGAACUGUCAGAAGUGAUCAUUGUAAGCAUUUUCCACUGUACCGUGAAAGAUGGUGAUAUUCUAUAAUUUUCUUGUGUCAGCAAAUCCCACUAAAAGACCCAAAUCAGUAAUUAAUUUAUCUGACUGACAUGUACUGGAUGUGUCUCAAAAGCCUGAUAUGUUUUAUGACACAUAGACUAGUCCCCAACAACGACACUGUUUCCUCCUGUUUGAUUAAAAACUUCAGUGCCCAGCUAUUUGACAAAAUUACAGUGUGUGUUUAGGCUUCGUUUUUUUUUAAUGAAGGUAUAUAUUUAUUUUUGAAAAAAAAUUAUAGUGGAGUUGGGCUGAGAGCCACAGAGAGGGAAAUAAAACAUAUUAUUGGUUUUGGUCCUUUUGUGGGAUUUGCAGACGAUAAUAGAAAUACAGAAUAUGACCAUUUUCAUCCUUUUAUAUUCUGAGGAAAAUAGGACAUGUUUAGAUGAAAGCUGUAACUGUCAUAUUUCUGUAAUGGAGCACUACUUUUUUUAAAUUCCCUGGUGUGCGGUCAUGCAGUCCAAGAUUUCUCUCUUAACAAAAAAAAAGGUCUCACAUUUUCUAUUUAUGUGGGAAUGUAACUGAACGUGUUGAGUGUUUACACUGUAUGCUUCCUGUUUUGUUUGAAACAUUUGGGGUAAUUUUACUGACCAAAUUUAAGGAUUAGUUUUCAAACCAGUUAAUUUCAAAGUCUAUGUUUUGUGUAAAAGUAAAUUUGAUUUUGACAGAUGUCUGUUGGUACAAAUGGGAGACUCAUUUCUCUCUUGUUCUGCCUGAGGUCCAUGUCGGUGGAGAGGUUUAUAUUUGAGGGAAGGAGUAGAGAUAUUAGCUGCAGACAGGCCUAAAACCUUCAGUUAUUUUGCCUUUGAUACAGUUAUUUGGAAAGGAAAGGUGACACUUUGGAAGACUGCAACUAAACCAUUUCAUUGAAACGUGAAUGUUCGUGUUUUCCAAUGCAGGGGUUUUUAAAAACGAUACCGUAUAUCCACAGCACAUUUUUGUGUUUCAAAAAAAAAAAAGAACAAAUCAUUGCAUACGUUUCUGAAACUGUGCUUGUUUUAGUCGUGGCAGAUGUUUUAUGUGUAUGUAUGAAGUGUUUUUAUGACUGUUGAGAGAAUGAAUAAACUUUUUUUCAAACAAA